UACGCCGACUAUAUAAGACAUCGCCCAAACCAGCCGCGCGCUAUUACGACAGUGCCUCUGUGAUUUUUCCCGCCGUCAUAUAGUAUUUAAUUCUUCAAUAAAGAUGCAAAGGUGGUUGGUGGUGGCGUUCGCGGCGGCGCUGGCGUGCCUGUCGCACGCGCAGAAGCCCGGCCGCUUCCUUUCGCUUCCCGUGCCCGAGAAGUGCGCUAACAGACCAAAGGAAUUCUUCUACCGAGGGCACAACUACUUCUACAGCGGGCACGUGCCCGCGCUGGCCAACAGGAAGAUGGACUGGCUGGACGGCCGCAACCUCUGCCGCGAGUACUGCAUGGACCUCGUCUCGUUGGAGACGCAGGAAGAGAACAACCUGAUCUUUAAGCUUAUUCAGCAGAAUGACGUGCCCUACAUUUGGACCUCCGGUCGUCUCUGCGACUUCAAGGGCUGCGAGGGGCGCAAGGACCUCGAGCCGAAGAACCUCUUCGGCUGGUUCUGGUCCGCCAACCGCGAAAAGAUCACGCCCACCAACAGGAUCCCCAACGGCUGGGGCUACAACCCCUGGUCCCAGACCGGGCACAAGAAGCGGCCGCAGCCCGACAACGCGGAGUUCGACAUCAACCAGACCGCCGAGUCGUGCCUGUCCGUGCUCAAUAACGUGUACAAUGACGGCAUCGCGUGGCACGACGUCGCCUGCUACCACGAGAAGCCCGUCGUCUGCGAGGACUCCGAGGAGCUCCUCAACUACGUCGCCAGCACCAACCCUGGGCUCCGUCUGUGAUCAAACCGCCUUCUAACUAAUAUUUAGUUAUUUAAAUCAGAACAAUCUAACCGUAAUCACUAAUGUUACUGUGAUCAACACACUGGCCACAUACAAUUUUUUUGGGGCGAACGCAACUUUACUAUUACUUAAAUCCACUAUUUUAAAAUGUAGCAUUACUGUGAUUCAAGCCAAUGUAACCAUUGUUGUCGGGUACGUUAUAUCCGCAGUUACCAGUCACCUAUGCCGAAACUAAGGUGUGCUCAUAUAGUAAUAAAAUACGUUUGAGAUUAAAAAUUUGGAAAUUAAAUUCCUGAUUGUCAAGGUGUGAACAAUGUUUGGGCCUGACGACAAAUAAUAAUUUUAUUUAAAAAAAAUUGUAUGGUAAGCAAAGGCCCAACUUGCCAUACAGUAUGACAUCGAAAACUCCCAGCAACACUGCCUGUUUUACAUCGUACAAUAUUUUGUACAAUAAAUUUAAUUUAAGUAUCAAAUAAGUUGAAUUUAGUGUAUCACCUUAGGGACGAAUUUUCAUUUGUAUAUAAAAUAAAAUUAAGAAAGAUAA